GAAACAAAGGGAACCGGGUUGGGGGGAGAGAGAGCCGAGGCCGAGCAAAGGAAAUGCACCAAUCAGCUGCUCCCCCGGGCUCACAACUGUCUGCGGCGCCCGAAAAACAAGUCGGUGCGCGGGGGACCCGGGAUCGGGGCCGCCUUGCUCCGGCCUAGCCCCGCGGCCCUCGGUGCCGGCCCCAGGGCAUGCUCGGAACCCUGCACGGCUCCAGCCCAGACGCCCCGGCCUCAGGUCUCGGCCCCCACUAGGGGCCCCGGCCGUGCGGCCUGAGGGAGCGGCCGGAUGGAGCGGAGGAUGAAAGGCGGAUACUUGGACCAGCAAGUGCCCUACACCUUCAGCAGCAAAUCGCCCGGAAAUGGGAGCCUGCGCGAAGCGCUGAUGGUCCCGCAGGGGAAGCUCAUGGACCCGGGCUCCCUGCCGCCCUCCGACUCCGAAGAUCUCUUCCAGGAUCUAAGUCACUUCCAGGAGACGUGGCUCGCUGAAGCUCAGGUACCAGACAGUGAUGAGCAGUUUGUUCCUGAUUUCCAUUCAGAAAACUACGGAGUUUCACUCUUGUUGCCUAGGCUGGAAUGCAAUGGCGCGAUCUCAGUCUACCGCAAGCUCUGCCUCCCAGGUUCAGUAGCUUUUCACAGCCCCACCACCAGGAUCAAGAAGGAGCCCCAGAGUCCCCGAACAGACCCGGCCCUGUCCUGCAGCAGGAAGCCGCCACUCCCCUACCACCAUGGCCAGCAGUGCCUUUACUCCAGUGCCUAUGACCCCCCCAGACAAAUUGCCAUCAAGUCCCCUGCCCCUGGUGCCCUUGGACAGUCGCCCCUGCAGCCCUUUCCCCGGGCAGAGCAACGGAAUUUCCUGAGAUCCUCUGGCACCUCCCAGCCCCACCCUGGCCAUGGGUACCUUGGGGAACAUAGCUCCGUCUUCCAGCAGCCCCUGGACAUUUGCCACAACUUCACAUCUCAGGGAGGGGGCCGGGAACACCUCCCAGCCCCCUACCAACACCAGCUGUCGGAGCCCUGCCCACCCUAUCCCCAGCAGAGCUUCAAGCAAGAAUACCAUGACCCCCUGUAUGAACAGGCGGGCCAGCCGACGGUGGACCAGGGUGGGGUCAACGGGCACAGGUACCCAGGGGCGGGGGUGGUGAUCAAACAGGAGCAGACGGACUUCGCCUACGACUCAGAUCUCACUGGGUGUGCAUCAAUGUACCUCCACACAGAGGGCUUCUCCGGGCCCUCUCCAGGUGACGGGGCCAUGGGCUAUGGCUAUGAGAAAACCCUGCGACCAUUCCCAGAUGAUGUCUGCGUUGUCCCUGAGAAAUUUGAAGGUCAGAGAAGUGACUGUUCAUGGGAGGGUCAAAGUCCUAUCAUGCUGUAUCCCCGCAGGAGUCACAUCACAUUUCAUGGUUGCAAGAGGGUGGGACCCACAGAAAAGUGCCUGGGGAGACCCCUUGGAGAAAUCCCUGGGGUAAGGGGAGGCAGUUGCUUGGGGGACCAAAAGACCCAAACCCCACACCUCCUAUUUUUGUGUUCCCCAGGAGACAUCAAGCAGGAAGGGGUUGGUGCAUUUCGAGAGGGGCCACCCUACCAGCGCCGGGGUGCCCUGCAGCUGUGGCAAUUUCUGGUGGCCCUGCUGGAUGACCCAACAAAUGCCCAUUUCAUUGCCUGGACGGGCCGGGGAAUGGAGUUCAAGCUCAUUGAGCCUGAGGAGGUUGCCAGGCUCUGGGGCAUCCAGAAGAACCGGCCAGCCAUGAAUUACGACAAACUGAGCCGCUCGCUCCGAUACUACUAUGAGAAAGGCAUCAUGCAGAAGGUGGCUGGAGAGCGUUACGUGUACAAGUUUGUGUGCGAGCCCGAGGCCCUCUUCUCUUUGGCCUUUCCGGACAAUCAGCGUCCAGCUCUCAAGGCCGAGUUUGACCGGCCGGUCAGUGAGGAGGACACAGUCCCUUUGUCUCACUUGGACGAGAGCCCCGCGUACCUCCCAGAGCUCGCUGGCCCUGCCCAGCUGUUUGGCCCCAAGGGUGGCUACUCUUACUAGCCCCCAGCUGCUAUUCCCCCUGCCACAGGUGGGUGCUGCCCUGUGUACACAUAGAUGAAUUUGGUGUUGGGGAAACUUCAUCUGAAACCCACAGAUGACUCUGGGCAGAUCCCCACUGUCCUAACAGUUGCCCUGGCCCAGACUCUGAGCUGCUCACCAGCCACGGGGAAGGAAAAGUGGAGAAAUGGCAAGUCUCUAAAGGUGGAGUCUCAGAAACUCCCCUGGGGGCUCCACCUGGGCCCUGGGGGAAUUCAAAUCAGCUUCUGCCCAGGUCCUGCUUCCUGUGUCCAAGCCCCCAACACCUUUUCCCCAACCACGGAGAACAAGAGUUUGUUCUGUUCUGGGGGACAGAGAAGGCGCUUCCCAACUUAAACUGGCAAGAGGGAGAGGAGGUUCUCUGAGAUCCCCAGAUCUUCCCACUGCGGGGGACUCUGCCCCAAGCGGGUCCCAGCUUGUCAGUUCUUGGUGCUCUGUGUUCCCGGAGGCAGAGGGAGGUCGAUGAAAAGGAACCUGGGAUGGGGGGUGCUGGGUGGAAGCAGAGAGGGAUGGGUUCCUGCUCCAAGGGGCCCUUUGCCUUUCUUCUGCCCUUUCCUAGGCCCAGUUUCCACUUCCACCUCCACCACAUCUGCCAGACCUUAAUAAAGCCCCACUUCUCCCAUUA